AUGAGAAUUUUAAAAAGUCAUCCUUUAUUAAAAUUAGCUAAUUCGUAUCUUAUUGAUACAUCACAACCUACUAAUAUUAGCUAUCUUUGAAAUUUCGGUUCUUUACUUGCAGUUUGUUUAGGUAUACAAAUAGUAACAGGUGUAACUUUAGCUAUGCACUAUAACCCUAGUAUUGCUGAAGCAUUUAACUCAGUAGAACAUAUAAUGCGUGAUGUAAAUAAUGGAUGAUUAAUACGUUAUUUACAUAGUAAUACAGCUUCUGCUUUCUUCUUCUUGGUUUACCUACAUGUAGGAAGAGGUAUGUACUACGGUUCAUACAGAGCUCCCAGAACAUUAGUUUGAGUUAUAGGUACUAUAAUACUUGUAGCUAUGAUGGGAAUAGGUUUCUUGGGUUAUGUUUUACCUUAUGGACAAAUGUCAUUAUGAGGUGCUACAGUUAUCACUAACCUUAUAAGUGCUAUUCCAUGAAUUGGACAAGAUAUCGUUGAGUUCGUUUGAGGAGGUUUUAGCGUUAAUAACGCUACUUUAAACAGAUUCUUUGCUUUACACUUUGUAUUACCAUUUGUAUUAGCUGCAUUAGUUUUAAUGCAUUUAAUCGCUUUACAUGAUACAGUAGGGUCAAGUAACCCUUUAGGUGUUUCAGGUAAUUACGAUAGAAUACCUUUUGCUCCUUAUUAUCUAUUUAAAGAUUUAAUAACUAUAUUUAUCUUUGUAUUUGGAUUAAGCUUAUUUGUAUUCUUCAUGCCUAAUGUUUUAGGAGACAGUGAUAAUUAUAUAAUGGCUAAUCCUAUGCAAACUCCAGCUGCUAUAGUUCCAGAAUGAUAUUUAUUACCUUUCUAUGCUAUAUUAAGAUCUAUUCCUAAUAAAUUAUUAGGAGUUCUUGCUAUGUUUAGUGCUAUAUUAAUUAUAUUAACAUUACCUUAUACAGACUUAGGGGAAACCAAAGGUUACCAAUUUAGACCUUUAAGUAAAGCAUUCUUCUAUGUAUUUGUUGCAAAUUUCUUAAUAUUAAUGCAAUUAGGGGCUAAACAUGUUGAAUCUCCAUUUAUAGAAUUAGGGCAAAUCUCUACUAUUUUAUACUUUGCUUACUUCUUAGUUAUAGUACCUUCUGUAAGUUUAAUAGAAAAUACUGCUAAAUAUGUAAGUACUUGCCGGUUUCGUUAA